AUGGCAUUCCCAGAGGAGAAACCCCCCGUGGUUUCUAUCUCUCCCCUUCUCAAACGCCUGGCGUACCCCUCCACCAGCGACAUCCGCGUCAGCGCCGAGGACAUUGCUUCUGCGUUCGCAUUGAUUUUUGAGAACCGAUUAUCAGACAUUCAGACUGCUGCUCUUCUUACUCUACUCCACUCUACUGAAAAAGACAAGCAGGCAGAUGUCAUUGCUCUGUGUUCUCAUCGUAUGCGUGAAGCUGCCUGUCAAAUUCACAAACCUUCACUGAAGCAAGUCGUGAAGUCGCGGGGGAGGCCGGAGGGCGAUUACAAAGGGGGUUUGUGUGAUAUUGUUGGUACUGGAGGUGACUCACAUUCCACUUUCAAUGUCUCGACUACCGCGUCAAUUAUCGCAUCCCCGCUCUUGAUGACCGCGAAGCACGGAAACCGGGCACAGACAUCUUUUUCUGGCUCUGCCGACGUUCUCAAGGCAAUUCAACCUGUCCCACCCAAUAUCGACGCUGUGAACGCGGAGAACAUUGCCCGAGUCUACGCCGAAACGAACUACGCCUUCCUCUUUGCCCCCAACUUCCACCCUGGCAUGAUGUAUGCGAACCCAGUACGCCGGGCUCUGGGUCUCCGAACCAUUUUCAACCUCAUGGGCCCCCCUAGCAAACCCCUCUUCGCUGAUGCUCUUGUACACGCCGGUGCCAAGAAAGCCCUGGUUGUAUGCGGAGAAGAAGAUAUGGACGAGAUUAGUUGUGCAGGACCAACCAAUUGCUGGAAAAUCUCCGAAUAUCCCAAUCCGGACUAUGUCCCCGAUCCUGACUCCAAGUCUAAUGGAUAUGAGAACAAUCCAGACAGCGAUGACGAUGACUCUUGCUGCGAAGACACCAUUCCUCCGUUCAAAACGAAGAUCGAGACUUUUCAGCUUCAGCCCUCAGACUUUGGCCUACAGCGGCAUCCUCUGAGUGAUGUCUACGGGCCAUCCUCCGCAACGAGCUCCCCCCCUGACGACCCCAUCUUGGAGUUCGUUCUCAUGAAUGUUGCUGCUCUCCUUGUCACUUCUGGCAUCUGUGAAGCCGAGACCAGCCAGAUGGGCCCCGGGGACGAUGGAAAUGUCAUCAAAGAGCGAGGCCCUGGUGGUGGGCGGUGGAAGGAAGGCCUGCGCCGCGCUCGCUGGGCCAUUGAAAGUGGCCAAGCUCUUUCACAGUUGCAAAGCUUCAUUGAAGUCAGCAACAGACUCUGA